AUGAGAACUGACAAAAAUGUACUUGAUAGAAAAUUGUUGUAUGUUUGGUUUUUUGUUGGUUUAACCUCAAAAUUUUAUAAAAUAAUAGAGAGAUUGAACAUAUGGAGAGUAACGAGAUGGAUAAAAAUAUUAUUACAUUGUCAUAUAUAGUUUUUAUUGGACCUUUGUCCAUUGCAUUAUUUUUGUAUGGAUUCUUUCCUUUGAUGCACUGUGAUAACACUAUAGCAACACAAGAUGAUAUACCAAAAUUCAUUGAAAAUACAAGAGUAAAGGUAGAUACAUUGUAUGAACCAAUAGCUAAAAGAUUAAUCAUUAUGAUCAUUGAUGCUUUGAGAUGGGAUUUUGUAAAAGGAUCAAUUGGAAAGAUCGCAAUGCCUAUAACAAAUAGUCUCAUAGCAAAUUCUUCUGCUUAUUUGUUACAAACUAAAGUACAACCACCAACUGUUACAAUGCCUAGAAUAAAGGCAAUUACCACUGGUAUGAUACCAAGUUUUAUUGAUAUAGCUUUAAAUUUUGGAAGUAAACCAGUAACUGGUGACAGUUUGCUCUUCCAAGCAAAAAGAACUGGUUAUAAAUCAGUAUUUUAUGGAGAUGAUACUUGGAUCACCUUGUUUCCCUCCAUAUUUGAUCGUUAUGAUGGCACCACAUCGUUCUUUGUAACAGAUUUCACAGAGGUUGAUGAUAAUGUGACUAGACAUAUACAUGAAGAGUUGUAUAAUAAUAAUGAUUGGUCUAUAAUGAUCCUUCAUUAUUUAGGACUUGAUCAUAUUGGUCAUGUUCAUGGACCAUUUAGUCCAUUAAUCAAAACCAAACUUAAAGAAAUGGAUAAUGUGAUAGCAAAAAUUCAAAUUAAAGUUCAGGAAUGGAAUCAGAAUAAUGAUUCUACUGUAUUUAUUAUCUGUGGGGAUCAUGGGAUGAAAGAUUCUGGUGGUCAUGGUGGUUCAACAGUAUCAGAAACAACUGUACCCUUUGUUAUAAUUGGUACAGAAAAUCAUCAGAAUUACGUUAAAGAUCCUAUAGAAAUAUCACAAAUAGAUAUUGCAUCUACAUUGUCUGUUAUUUUGGGAGUGCCAAUACCAUACUCUAAUAUAGGAACUAUUUUCUUGGACACUUUAUAUGAUUUACCCAUUUCAAAGAAGUUAUUUAUACUUUAUUACAAUUCAAAACAAGUAUUUAAUCACUUUCAAAAGUUAGUUGAUGCAUAUCAGAAAUAUUUGGAAGCAAUAAAGCUUCACAAUGCAUGGUUAAAUACCAAAGAUCAUCCAGAUGACAUGACAGAUGAUAUUGUACUUUCUUAUAAGACUGCAUUGAAAGGAAUGAAAGAAAUUCUCAUGAGUAGCAUAAUUAUUUGUAUUUUAGCAGAAGAAAUGUCUUUUAAAUCAGCAUCAUUAAAAGAUGUUGUAUUUUUCAUUUCCUUAAAUGCGCUUUUAUGGCUAAUAGUCAAUUGUUUUUGGAAAGAUGAAAACACAGCAUUACUUCAUACAAGUAAUUUAAUAAUAACAUUAUGCAUAAUAAUUGUUUUAAUAAUAAAUUCCUACUUGCUUGCUAAUGUUAGAAGUUUUAGCAUUUUUAAAUUUAAGAUAAUUGCAAAUGGGAUAGGAGAGUGGCUUCUUUCAUUUGGAACAUUAAUACACGCAAUUAGCUUUAUUGGUACUAGUUUUGUUGAGGAAGAACAUCAGACUUGGUAUUUCUAUUGGGUUACAGUCCUCAUACUGCUACUCUACAAUUUUCUAAGCAAAUGUUUUGCGGGAGAAUUCUCACAAUCCCACUAUCAACGAACUUUAUAUGCACAAAUUAGUAUUAAGCUUUUCUUACUAUUAAUAGGACACAGAAUUCUUAGAAAAUUAAAUAGUACUGGAGAUAAGUAUGCUCAUCUUCCUGAUAUAGCAGGAUUUUUAAUAAAACAAGAAAACAAAUUGGGCAUGACGAUCGUACUCAUCGCUGGUCUUGCACUCUUGAUAUGGAUCGAUUUCAUUCACGAAAAUAAAACGCACAAAAAGCUAUCGUUAGUGCUGAAUUUUAUAAUUAGUGUAUGCAUUUAUCUUCGUCAUAUGCAUAACAAUAGGGUUGCCAAAAUACCAUUUUAUCCUCAAACUAGGGGAAUAUUUGAAGUACAAAUUUUCUGGUUUUUACUCGUAAUAAACUUGAUGAAGUAUAUUUAUAAUCUUAUCUGUAUGAGAAAACGCUAUGCUAGACUUUUACCAAAAAUUUCGUUGUACUUUAUUCUACAAAUGUGGAUUAUGAUCGCAGCGAUGCUCCAUCAACCACACAGCGUGAUACUCUUACCCUUCCAAAUAAUCUUUAGCACCGUGAUUUACGAGAUAAUUAAAAACGAUAUUACGCAAAAUAUUUGGGUGUUAUUAUAUACCUGGAUUGGCAAUGUGUUUUAUUUCUAUCAGGGAAAUUCUAACAGUUUGGCAACUGUUGAUGUAGCUGCGGGUUACGUUGGUGUACAAUCAUAUAUGCCAUUUAUUAAUGGUUCAUUAUUAAUAAUUAACACCUACGCAGCACCGCUUCUGUCCUACUUUUUACUUAUUUACCAUGCAAUCUUACAGCAUUCAUACGACACUUGUGAAACAAUUGUACGAAUUAGUAAAAUAUAUAUUACGUGGAGGUUGUUGCCAGUAGCUAUUUAUACAAUUAUAAUCAGUAUUCAGCGUCAUCAUUUAUUCGUCUGGUCAGUAUUCUCGCCGAAAUUAUUAUACGAAGCUGUACACACUACUGUUAUUUGUUCCGCCGUAUUUAUCAUGCUGAUCUUGGCCACAAUACAAAAGACAAUAAAUAAUUGUAAAAGAUGAUCUUAUUUGGAUUUUAUUUAUCCAUUAAAAAAAGGAAAGGGAUUGUAUUAAAUUUAAAGAAGAAAUUUAUUUUAAUUUUAAUCAAUUAUUUUACAAUCAUUGUACUUGUAUUUAACAAAAUUUUCUCGAUUGAUUUUAUAAAAAUCAAAGAUAUAAAAGUCUCUAAUAAUAUACAUAAACUAGAAAUUUUUUUUACAAUUGAAAUUGUCUUAUCGAUCUAAUGAAGCUCGAGUUUUGAAUGAAUUGUACAUAUUUUAAUUUCACUAAUAAAUAGCAACAUGUAAUGUAUCGAUAGGAUGUAAAAUAAUACGAUACGGUUAUUUUUUUUUUUUUUUUUUUU